AUGAUUGGAUCAACCCUCCUCCUACACCUUCUCCUUGCGUCCAUCGCGGGCGCCGUGCCGGCGAACGAGCGCCGCUCGGCGCGGCCAAGUUGCAAAAGGCCAGAGACCGCCGUUCAGUCUACAGCGGUUACCAUACCAUCAUCACAAGCGGCCACGGCCUCCAGCCCACCGGUGGUUUCCUCGGAUCCGGGUCCGGGUCCCAUCGUCGUGACCCCUUUUCUUCCUGGUUCCUCAGGGACAGGGCCGGCUCCGCCUGUCGCCUCAUCGCCCGUCGCCUCAUCGCCCAUUGCCCCAUCGUCCGUCGCCUCAUCGCCCGUUGCCCCAUCGUCCGUGGCCCCAUCGUCCGUGAUCUCCUCUGCGGUGCCCUCGGCUCCGUCGAGCGUGUCCCCGCCUCGGACAUCGGGCACCGGUGGUGUGUCUCCACCAGUCGCGAGCCCGGGAGCACCUCCAUCGGGUUACAGAAAUGUGCUGUACUUCACGAACUGGUGCGUUGAGCCGUUCAAAGACCAGUGGACAGUACUCAGGGGCGUCUACGGAGCCAACUAUCAGCCAGCAGACAUUCCCGCCGACAAGGUGACGCAUCUGCUCUACUCCUUUGCCGACAUCGCUGCCGAUGGAGAGGUAAUUUCGUCCGACCCCUGGUCAGACACUCAACGACAGUACCCGGGCGACUCAAGCCAGGCCGGAAAUGCCUACGGAUGCGUCAAGCAGCUGUACGCCCUCAAGAAGCAGAACCGCCAGCUCAAGCUCAUCCUCUCCAUCGGCGGCUGGACCUGGUCGCCAAAAUUUGUGCCCGUCGCCGCAACCGACGCGGGCCGCCAGCGCUUUGCAACAUCGGCCAUCAAGCUGAUGCAUGACUGGGGCUUUGACGGAAUCGACAUUGACUGGGAGUACCCCAGCAACGCCCAGGAAGCAGCCAACUUUGUCGCCCUCCUCAAGACCUGCCGCGAGGAGCUCGACAAGCACGCCGCGCAGUAUGCACCGGGAUACCACUUCGCCCUGACCAUCGCCUGCCCGGCCGGCCCGACGCACUACCAGAAUAUGGACCUCCGCGGCAUGGACCCCUACGUCGAUGCGUGGCACCUCAUGGCCUACGACUACGCUGGGUCCUGGGACACCACGACGGGCCACCAGGCCAACCUCUUUCCCGACCCGUCCAAUCCGGAGGCCACCAAGUUCAGCACCGAGGCCGCGCUGGCGUACUACCUCGGCCAGGGUAUCCGCUCCGACAAGAUCGUCCUGGGCCUGCCGCUCUACGGCCGCUCGUUCCUGAACACGGACGGCAUCGGCAAGCCGUACCAGGGAAUCGGGCAGGGGUCCAUCGAGCCGGGCGUGUGGCACUACAAGGUCCUUCCACGGGCCGGCGCUGUCGAGGUAUUCGACCAGACGGCCGGCGCACUGUACAGCUACGACUCGAGCUCCCGGGAGCUGGUGACGUACGACAACGUCCAGAGCGCCAACUUCAAGGCGGACUACCUCCUCAACAAGAAACUCGGCGGCGCCGUGUUCUGGGAGGCGGCCGGGGACCGCAAGGGCGAGGGCAGUCUCGUGGGCGCGCUGGCGAGCAAGAUGGGCACCCUCGACCCGACGCAGAAUUUGUUGAACUAUCCCAACAGCCAGUACGCCAACAUCAAGAACAACCUGGCAUGA